AUGGACAAGUACGGCGAUUUUGUUGGGGUUGAUUUGAACAAUAUUCAUUUCACUGAUUUAUCUGUUGCUGCAUAUAGUUGUGAUGAAGAUGUUAAUGAUGUUGUAUCUAGUGGCCAUCAAAGUUCAAAUGAUGAAGAUGAUUCUAAUAAUGACGUUGACAAGGAAUCAGUUGGAGCAGACGUGUCAAAUAGAGAAGCAGUUGUAAGUGAUAGAGUGGUGAGUGUAAAUUCGAUUACUUCGAUGAAAUUCUCAAGUAGAGGCAGAUGUCCUCACGGGGGAAAAACUGUCGUGUUCUGA